GGCCUGCCUUAACCAAGAGGAUCCCGCAGCAUCAGAACCGAGGAGCUGUUCGUUGUGCCGCGGCGUGCCUGCAACUGACGGCGAACAUGACCAAGGUGAAGCAGGUGGGUUUGCUGGCAGCAGGCUGUCAGCCCUGGAAUAACGACGUCUGUGCCGCUAGUGGAGACCGCUUUGCCUACUGUGCCACCCUCGCAAUAUACAUUUACCAGUUGGACCAGCAGUACAAUGAGUUCAAGCUGAGGUCCAUCAUGUCGGAACACAAGAAGACCAUCACGGCCAUCAGCUGGUGUCCUGACAACCCCGAUCUCUUUGCGUCAGCCUCCGCCGACAACCUGCUCAUCGUGUGGAACGUGGCGGAGCAAAAGGCCGUAGCGCGACUCGACAACACUAAAGGCGUUCCCACGGCAGUCAGUUGGUGCUGGAACUCCACUGACGGAGUGGCGUUUGUCUCCCAGCGGGGGCCGCUGUACAUUUGGGUCUAUGGGAAUUCCGACCAAGGGGUCACGGUACAUAAAGAGGCCCACUCCUUCUUGUCGGAUAUAUGCAUCUUCAGAUGGCACCCCACUAAAAAGGGAAGGCUCGUGUUUGGACACACGGAUGGAAGUCUGUCUAUUUUUCAGCCAGGAUGCAAGAGUCAAAAGCACGUGUUGCGUCCUGAGUCUUUAGAGGGGACGGACGAGGAGGACCCCGUCAGCGCUCUUGAAUGGGAUGCCCUGUCGACAGACUAUUUGUUAGUUUCCAACCUCAACAACGGUAUACGACUGGUGGACAGCGAGGCCUUGGCUUGCAUCACGUCCUUCUGCUUCCCCUCAGCUGCUGCAUCAGUUCAGUGUCUGGCUUGGGUUCCCUCCGCCCCAGGCAUGUUCAUUACUGGAGAUUCCCAGGUUGGAGUAUUGCGAAUAUGGAAUGUGUCUCGCCCGACACCUUUGGACAGCAUUAAACUGAAGAAGACUGGGUUCCACGCUUUACACGUCCUCAACUCUCCUCUGGCCAAGAAAGCUCAGAGUUUCUGCUCUCCCAGUAAAAGCCAGCACACCAGCUCCACCAGUGAGGCCGUACCCCCACCAACCCUUUCAGAGAGUCGGUCCUUCUCUUUGCCUCCUGGUCACGCCGUGUGCUGUUUCUUGGAUGGAGGAGUGGGACUGUACGACAUGGGAGCUAAGAAGUGGGACUUCCUACGUGACUUGGGUCAUGUCGAGACCAUCUUUGACUGCAAGUUCAAACCGGAUGACCCAAACUUGCUGGCCACGGCGAGCUUCGACGGAACCAUCAAAAUCUGGGACACAAAUACCCUGACAGCUGUUUACACCUCCCCUGGCAAUGAAGGAGUGGUUUACUCCCUGUCUUGGGCUCCAGGGGACUUGAACUGCAUAGCAGGAGCGACAUCUCGCAACGGAGCUUUCAUUUGGGACGUCAGGAAAGGAAAGAUCGUCACUCGCUUUGAUGAGCAUGGUAAAAAUGGUAUAUUUUGUAUAUCCUGGAGCCAUAAAGAUUCAAAGAGGAUUGCAACUUGUAGUGGGGAUGGAUUCUGUAUCAUUCGGACCAUCGAUGGUAAAAUCCUUCAUAAGUACAAACACCCGGCUGCAGUUUUUGGCUGUGACUGGAGUCAGAACAACAAAGAUAUGAUUGCAACUGGUUGUGAGGAUAAGAACGUGCGCGUGUACUACUUGGCCACCAGUUCAGACCAGCCGCUCAAGGUCUUUGCAGGACACCUCGCUAAAGUAUUUCAUGUGCGCUGGUCUCCACUCAGAGAGGGGAUACUCUGUUCUGGAUCAGAUGAUGGGACUGUUCGUAUAUGGGAUUACACCCAGGAUGCAUGCAUCAAUGUGCUGAGUGGUCACACAUCUCCAGUUAGAGGCCUAAUGUGGAACACAGAGGUCCCAUAUCUUCUAAUUUCAGGUUCUUGGGAUUAUACAAUCAGAGUUUGGGACACAAGAGACGGGACUUGCUUGGACACGGUCUAUGACCAUGGUGCCGAUGUCUAUGGGUUAACAUGCCAUCAGAGUCGCCCAUUCACCAUGGCCAGUUGUAGCAGAGAUAGUACAGUACGACUCUGGUCUUUGACGCCGCUCAUCUCUCCUCUGCUGGUAAACAUCCUCACCAACCAACCCUGGGAAAAGAUCAUAGGAAACACUGAUACCGCUAUGGUUCCUGGCUCUCCACCACUCCUCUGUGGUAAAGUCUCAAGAGACAUAAAACAGGAGCUGGAGAAACUGAACUGUGACGCCACCACCAAGAAGCUGCGAUGGUUCUCAGAAUGCUUUUCGCCACCAGGGGGCAGCAGCAACCUGUGGGACUUGGUGUCGGUCAUUAAUGGGCAGGAUGACUCGCUGCUACCAGGCAGCUACAGCAGGGGUGUGAUGCACAUGAAGCACCUGCUGAAGUUUAAAACAUCCGAGGCUCAGGAACUGACAAUCGUCAAGAUGUCGAAAUUUGGCGGUGGGAUCGGCGCUCCCAGUAAAGAAGAGCGCCUCAAAGAAGCAGCAGAUAUCCACCUGAGGCUGGGACAGAUUCAACGAUACUGUGAAUUGAUGGUGGAGCUUGGACAGUAUUUGUCUCUUGGGCAGUGGGAGAAGGCAUUAGCUGUAGCACCAGGAGUAUCCAUGAAGUACUGGAAAAAACUGAUGCAGAGGAGAGCUGACCAGCUGAUGGCAGAGGAUAACGAUGAUGCAAUCCCAUACUGCAUUGCCACAGCAGAUAUAAAGAAACUUGUGACCUUCUUCACUGGCAGAGGACAACUGGUUGAAGCUUUACUCAUUGCACAGGGAGCAUGCGAGGGAAACAUCCGUCCACCUCAAACCUCCUCGAUCAACCAUACGAUUAACGAUGUGGACAACAAACAACAAUACCAAAGUCUCCUCCAUAAGGUAUGCGAACAGCUGGCUGAAUGGUAUUUCCAAGAUGGUUGCGCUGUCCUGGCUGCAUGCUGCCACCUGGCGGUGGAUAACGUGAAGCUGGCCAUGUCUAGCCUGAUCAGGGGUAAUGAGCUGGAGCUGGCUGCGUGUAUGGGUAUAGUUCUUGGACCGCCGGCUGAUCAUAGCACCGCUUACUGCCUUGAGCUCCUGGCCAGGAAGUACAUGGCCCCGUCGACAUGGGAGCUCUCAGCUGAUAUACUCACAAUGAUUCCUGAGAACCAUACUUUACUGGCUAAGGUGUGUGCAUUUUACACAGGAAGUGCUGCGGAAAUCAACCAAAUGCAUGAACGGUGCUGUCUUCCCUCAGUAGAAGAGUGUAAAGCCUUGGCAGAGGAAGCCAUGUGCGAUGGAGAUCUGUUUUCAGCCGUUAAAUAUCACCUUCUGACCUCUGAACCCGAAAACGCCCUUAAGAUGGGGAUAGAUCAUAUCAAAGACCAGAUGAGUGGAUCCGAUUGGACAGUGGACAGUGUUCGUCCAAUCCUGGACUUGCUGAGUUAUAUCCGAACGGACCGACUUCUCAUGGCCAAGUUCACAGAAGCUCGCAGCGAGCUGCUGAUCCUGUGUGGUUACAUCGGAAGUCUGCUGGCCAUACGGAGACAGUACUCGAGCAUCGUACCUGCUCUGUAUGAAUACACCAGUCAGUUAUUGAAGCGGAGAGAAGUGAGUCUUCCUCUGAAAAUUGAGCAGCUGUCGAUGGAGCUGGAUGCCUGGCGGGCGUGCACUCAAAGUAACGGCAAUCCUCCAUCAGAGUGUCAGAAAGAAAAGUUCCAAAGCCUUGAGAGGAGAAUCCUGCCUUUGAACGCAGUGUUGUGUGGUGCUGAUUAUGUGACGGGUUCCAAUCUUCCGAGCCACUCCGAUGUUCAGCUUUCCUGUUUCACCGGUCACAGAAUACAGGGUCCUGUCUUUUUACUUGAAGAUGGAAAAUCUGCAAUUUCCCUGAAUGAUGCUUUAAUGUGGGCUAAAGUCAACCCUUUCUCCCCACUGGGAACAGGAGUGCGCAUCAACCCUUUCUAACACACACACACACACACACACACACACACACACACACACACACACACACACACACUGCACAUUAACAGGGCUAAAGGUGACUGUGUAAACAGAGCGAUGUCCCCAUUAAGUAAGCAUUGCCAGAACACACACACACACACACUGCACAUUAACAGGGCUAAAGGUGACUGUGUAAACAGAGUGAUGUCCCCAUUAAGUAAGCAUUGCCAGAACACACACACACACACACUGCACAUUAACAGGGCUAAAGGUGACUCUGUAAACAGAGCGAUGUCCCCAUUAAGUAAGCAUUGCCAGAACACACACACACACACACACAACACACUGCACAUUAACAGGGCCUUUAGGGGACCUGUUUUUUUUGUCCCCAUACCGUCAGAGGUCCCCUAAAGGUGUCUGUGUAAACAGAGCGAUGUCCCCAUUAAAUAUGCAUUGCCAGAACAUACACACACACACUGCACAUUAACAAGGCCUUUAGGGGACCUGUUUUUUUGUCCCCAUACCGUCAGAGGUCCCCUAAAGGUGACUGUGAAAAGGUAACUGUGUAAACAGAGAGAUGUCCCCAUUAAGUAAGCAUUGCCAGAAAACACACACACACACACACACACACACACACUGCACAUUAACAGGGCCUUUAGGGGACCUGUUUUUUUGUCCCCAUACCGUCAGAGGUCCCCUAAAGGUGACUGUGUAAACAGAGCGAUGUCCCCAUUAAGUAAGCAUUGCCAGAACACACACACACACACACACACUGCACAUUAUGUUUUUUUGUCCCCAUACCGUCAGAGGUCCCCUAAAGGUGACUGUGAAAAGGUAAUUGUGUAAACAGAGAGAUGUCCCCAUUAAGUAAGCAUUGCUAGAAAAAACACACACACACACACUGCACAUUAACAGGGCCUUUAGGGGACCUGUUUUUUUGUCCCCAUACCGUCAGAGGUCCCCUAAAGGUGACUGUGUAAACAGAGCGAUGUCCCCAUUAAGUAAGCAUUGCCAGAACAAACACACACUGCACAUUAUGUUUUUUUGUCCCCAUACCGUCAGAGGUCCCCUAAAGGUGACUGUGAAAAGGUAAUUGUGUAAACAGAGAGAUGUCCCCAUUAAGUAAGCAUUGCCAGAGAAAAAAAACAACACACACACACACACACACACACACUGCACAUUAACAGGGUCUUUAGGGGACCUGUUUUUUUGUCCCCAUACUGUCAGAGGUCCCCUAAAGGUGACUGUGUAAACAGAGCGAAGUCCCCAUUAAGUAAGCAUUGCCAGAACACACACACACACACACACACACACACACACACACACACACACACACACACACACACACACACACACACACACACACACACACACACACACACACACACACACACACACACACACACACACACACACAUCCACCGGGCAUUGUAGUGAAACACAAAGAUGAGCAAAAUAAAAGUGUUAUUACUGGUAAAACACGACUGAGCCAACAAAUGUGAAAUCCUUUAAAGUAUUUGUGAUUAUAUAGACAUAACAUUUUUUUUUCUUUAAAGUUCCUUUUUUAUUAUUUUUUUAACUUUGCCAGUGUCAGACUCACUCUAUUGUAGGACGAUGCUAAGAUAGAAUGUGAGUCAUAGUUUCUUACAUCGUAGUAAACAAUCACUUAAAAAGCUGAAAUAAAGCUAUCAUUCAAUGGCU